ACUAUAAAUUUAUUACAAUCAAUGUAUGCACAUCUCUAAAUUUGAUCUAAUAAUUUUUCUUAUCCAACAUAGUGAUGAUCAAGUAUUCAUGUUAAAUUGUUAAUGAUUCAUACAUAUAAAUUGUUUGAAUUAAAAAUAUAUUCAUUUAGGUUGAUUUUCAUAAUAAAGAAUAGGGUAUUUUCAUUUUUACCACCUUCAAAUAAUGACUUUGUCGAAUUUACCACCUCCAAAAAAAAAACAUUUACUUUACCACCUCAUAAAAAAAAUAAACAUCAGUUUUACCACCUCAUCUGAGCUCAGGUGACGGAAAACGCUUGUGGGGCCCAGUUAACUGUCACUUCCCUCAAUUUAAUUCUUUUAAAAUCGAUUUCCCUCUGUCUCCUCCUUUUCUCACCUUCCACCUUCCAUAAUCAAUGUCUCACCAAAUUUCUCACUUCCUCAUCAAUUUUCGUCUCUCUCUCCUUUGAUUUUUCUUGAUUCUCACUGUAACUGCUUCUCUCUCCUUUGAUUUUUCUCUUUCUCUCUGUAAAAACUGAAACCCUAGAUCAAUUUGGGUGGUUGAAAUCGAGCUGGAACCACAAAAUUGCAACACAUCAGCUUCUCUUGUCAUCUUCCACAGGGUGAGGGGACCAAAAGCUUGGUAAUUUGCUGACAGAAAUCGAGAUUCCUGACUACAAGAGAAUGGACACAGUGGACUUAAAAAUUACAGUAGGGGGUGCCUUUAUACCUUCUUUAGCUGGUAAAAAUAGGAGGGUGUUAACUUGGGAUGGUGGGUGGGUUUAUUGGAUGAGAAAGGUGGAAAAAAAUAAGAUAGAUGUACACUUUUUGAGGCAAGCAGCUAUACAUGGGUUUGUGUAUGUGAAUGUGAAGGUUCCUAGGGGGUUUAGUUGCUGGUAUAAACAAAAGGGCAAGUCUUGGGUGAAUGGUAAAAGGGAGCUUGUUGAUGGUGAGGUGAAUGGUUUCCUAGAGUCGGUGAACAAAAAGGGGGCAUGUGAGAUGUAUGUUACCAGUCAUGAGCCAAUUGAAGGGACUAACAAAACACCCUUCAAAUGUAUAUCUGGGAAUGAGCUAACCCCUGCACAAAGGAAGGAACUGAAAAAGAGGUUUGGUGGGCCUAAAGUAUACAAACCCAGCCCAGAACUUAGUAAGCCCACUGAAGAAGAGCCAUUUAGGAGAAGCCCUAGGUUAAAAGGCAUUGUUAUACAUGACAGAGAGGCUGAGGAGAGGCUUCCUAGGGCAGAGAAAGUGAAUGCUAAUACACAUAAAGGGAAGGGUAAACUCACUGCUACAGAUAAGGGUAAGGCUAAGGUUGGGGAUGAGACUGGAAAUUUUGCUAAUUUAGUGAGAAAAAUAAAAGAAAGAGUGAGGAGCUUAAGGGAUGACAGUGAUGUGUUUAGUGAUGAGGAUGGUGAUACAGAGUCUUCUGAUUCUGAGUUGAGUGAUUUUGAGUUAGAAGUUGAUGAGGGAGAGGAGGACUUAUACUCUGAUGAUGAUGAACAGUGGUUGAAGAAAAAUUUAGACCAUAUUAACAGUGAGGUGAAAGGCAGUUUGAGGGGAGUUACUGAAGGAGGGGAUCAAAGUGAUGAUGAGGACACAGGGUUUGACAUAGAAAGAAAUCUACAGAAAAUUGAAGUGAGGGUUGAAGAGGAGGCAACUUGUGAUUCUGAUGAGCUAAAGACUGUGGAAGGUGAUUCAGAUGAUGAUCAGGGUAGUGUUACUUGGUUUAACCCUGAGACAGACUUUGAAAGGGCUAUCAAAUUUGUAGUUGGUCAAAGGUUCAGUGAUGUGCAAACAAUGAGAAAAGCUUUGAGACACAUGCAAUUGAAAAUAGGUAUGAGUAUUACCUUCUUCACAAUGAUUCAAAGAGGCUAACAGCAUAUUGCAAAAGGAAAUGCAAGUGUGUGUAUAACAAGAACAGUUGUAGGAUAGUGAAGUGUACAUGUAGUAAGGGUGUUAGGUGUAGGUUCAAGUUUUAUGCAACAAGGCUUGUGAAAUCAGAGGCUUGGAAAAUUAAGACACUAAGGCUGAAGCAUAGGUGUGUUAGGAGUAAAAUGAACAACAAGGUGACAGCAGAGUUCCUUGCUGACAGGUACUUGGAGGAGUUCAGGGGAAACCCCAGAUGGAAGAUUAAACAGAUUCAGGACAGGGCCUUGAAUGACUUGGGGAUCAAAAUUACAUACUCCAAGGCUUGGUUGGCUAGAAGCAGGGCAAAGCUUAUAAUAUAUGGCUCUUCAUCAGAGCAAUACUCAAAGGUUUGGGACUAUGGGAAGGCACUGCUGA